AUGGCCAGUCGAACGCAGAAUUCGAGCUCGAGUAGCGCCAUUGAGCCUAAAGGAUCAGCCUCAAACACAGGAUCUACGACACUUAGGCCUGCUCAAAAGGUCCUGGGCUUCCUAAGGAAACGAUCUAGACCCACUAUCAACAGCACCGCCAUCAUCACCACUGCAGCAACAGACCCACCAGCAUCUGGUCAGGAUCGAACAAAAUUCAUGGUCGUCCCGCCUCCAUCAGCUACAGAAAAAGUGGUGGUGGGUCACAACACGGCCGCCCCUGUCCGAUCGUCAAGUACGGGAUCCUUAGGAAAGGCCAACCCUCUCAAGAACAUCAUUCGGCGCAAAAGCCUCGAGCUCGGGCGGUUCUUUGAUGGGAGUGCUGGAUCAUCCUCCCAAAGGAGUAACAAGCGAGAAAUCCUCUGGCAGGGCACACUCUACGUUGCAGCAACCCAUGUCUGCUUUUACGGAAAGCACUUUGGCAAGACUGUCAAGGUCAUUAUCGACUAUCGAGACUUGGUGCUGAUUGAACGAGAGAAGAAGAUGGGAGUUUUUCCGAGCUCCAUUAGACUGCGCGUGUCGAUAGUAGAGACGAAUCCUCCUACCUCCGCAGUACGGAAUUCCCAGGAGACAAAAGGAAACACCAACACCAACAACAACGAUGCAGGCGCAGCUGAGCCAAACAUCCCGGCAACAACAAAGGAUUACGUCCUCACCAGUCUUAUGAGUCGGGAACAGGCAUUCGCAGAGAUUGAGAGGAAUUGGCAAGCCCAACGCCACUUUCAAAGGAGUGCCUGCACCAGUGGUCUGCCAACGCCACAGUUCGAGUCCCCAGGAGGUUCCGAAAUGAACUUGGUUGGACUGGCUGACAGUGGGAACGGCAGAGGCUCCACUCUUGAGCUCGACAGCCGUGUAAAGCCAUGGACCAUACUGGACAGACACAAGGUCCCAAGGACGUAUUCGGUGAUAUCGGACGAGGUGUUCUCAAGCUCUGAGAAUCUGGAUCGAUCCCAUCUUCGAGAGCGAGCCUCGACGUCCUUGAUCCGCCCCUCAACUCCCGUUUCACACGAGCAUAUCGGUUCCUGGCGAGCUGCAGCUGCAGCAACGGGAGCAGGCAGCGUUCACCCUUCUCAAUCCUCCGGAAUACCAGGAUCAGUCUCUGAGAGUCGGAGAGGGUCGGUUGCCAGUAUCGGAUCCUCCGACAAGCAGGAGCUGACAUCCGGACUGAUUGGGUUCCUUCAACGACGCUCAAGUCUAGUCCACAAGUGGAAGAAAAGCGAGAGUGGAGGAGGCGGCAACUUUUCAGACUCUAGCUCAGAAGCAGCGCAGGAUCAUCGGGAUGAUGUUACUCCAUCGCCUGUCCACGUUUCACUCGCCGCUACUGCUGUGACUACCACACAAUUUUCUACCUUCCGAGAUUCACCUUUGCUUGCGGCCCAACGACAGGACGAAGCUCUCAUGGCAUCAACUCCUCCAUCCACCCUCAUUUCCCCAUCCUUAACAACAACCAAGGUAUCGCGCUCACUCUCGACUGUACAAACGGACGGGAAGCCUGGGAGCACAUACGGCAUGACAAAGCAUAUUCGCGGGAAGAGCAAUGAUGGACUUAAGUUCGCGCCCGAUGAGAGAGGCACGACAUCUGGACAAGCAAUCAUGAUGAACACAAUCAGCAGCAAAGCGAACACCAAUCCUGGUAACUUUUCGACACCUCCUCUGCCCUCAGGUCCCGUUUCUUGCGGGUGUUCUCGGCAUUACAAGAACGCGGUUGUCUCGACGGUGGUCCCAUUGCCGGUUGAUCUGUGUUUCGAAAUCUUGUUUUCAGGUGCAGGAGCCGGACUUGGCGACAAUCUGGGGUGCGAAACUCAUCGUAUCAAGGAUGGGUCGACGGACAUUCUCAUUAUGCCAUGGCAGCAUGAGGACCAACUGCAGGAUGGCGACAGGGUCGGUCAUAUGGGCUGGGUGGAUCAACAACGGAGACUUGAGUACUCUGUGUCCUUUAAGGUCCCCAUGUUGGCAAAGACGUCUACCGCCUGCUUUGAAACUCAGAGGGUCACUCAACACGAACCCUUCGCCAUUUUGGUGCAUUCUGAGUCCAAGACACCAAAUGUACCCUAUGGAGACCACUUUUCGACCGUGAACCAGAUCUGUAUGACCUGGGAGUCUGAGGGCCAGACAAGGAUCAAGUGCUUUACCGAGGUCAAGUUCAAGCGGUCCAUCAUGUGGAGCAGCAAGGUCGAGGCCGGAUCUCUCGAAGGAUCGGGCGGGUUCUACAAGGAGUUUAUUCGUCAGUUUGAGCAGCUUGUCGACAUCCACUGGCACCAGCUCCCCCAUAAUGCCAGCUGCACCCCUUCCGCCUUCGUCCUCAAGUAG